AAUCUGGAGGCAGCCUGGCCUCUCUACCUCUGACAGGCCCUGGCUCCAUCACACCCAGCCCACCAGGGUGGUGGGAGGAGCCCAGGGCCACUAGGGCAGGCCGGAAGCGCCUGAGAGAGGAAGGGGUAACCCCCCCCCACUCUUGGGAGGGGCCCGAAGCGGGUGGCUGAAGCUGUGGCUGAGGAGGAAGUGAGCGGAGGAGGUGAGGUGCGGCAGGGAGCCUGUUGGCAUCAGGGGUCUGUGACACCAUGGCCCAGGCCCUGGGGGAGGACCUGGUGCAGCCUUGUGAGCUGCAGGAUGACUCCAGCUCUUUGGGGUCUGACUCAGAGCUGAGUGGGCCCGGCCCAUAUCGCCAGGCUGACCGCUAUGGCUUCAUUGGGGGCAGCUCAGCAGAGCCAGGGCCAGGUCACCCGCCUGCAGACCUCAUCCGCCAGCGGGAGAUGAAAUGGGUAGAGAUGACCUCGCACUGGGAGAAAACCAUGUCUCGACGAUACAAGAAGAUAAAGAUGCAGUGCCGGAAAGGCAUUCCCUCAGCCCUGCGGGCCCGGUGCUGGCCCCUGUUGUGUGGGGCCCACGUGUGUCAGAAGAACAACCCUGGCACUUACCAGAAACUGGCUGAAGCCCCUGGGGACCCACAGUGGAUGGAGACCAUUGGCAGGGACCUGCACCGCCAGUUUCCUCUGCAUGAGAUGUUUGUGUCACCCCAGGGUCAUGGGCAGCAGGGCCUCUUGCAGGUACUGAAGGCCUACACCCUGUAUCGGCCGGAGCAGGGCUACUGCCAGGCCCAGGGCCCCGUGGCAGCGGUGCUGCUCAUGCACCUGCCCCCAGAGGAGGCCUUCUGGUGCCUGGUUCAGAUCUGCGAGGUCUACCUCCCUGGCUACUACGGGCCCCACAUGGAGGCUGUGCGGCUGGACGCCGAGGUGUUCAUGGCCCUGCUGCGGCGGCUGCUCCCGCGCGUGCACAAGCACCUGCAGCAGGUGGGCGUCGGGCCCCUGCUCUACCUGCCCGAGUGGUUCCUGUGCCUCUUCGCCCGCUCCCUGCCCUUCCCCACGGUGCUGCGUGUCUGGGACGCUUUCCUUAGUGAGGGUGUAAAAGUGCUGUUCCGUGUGGGGCUGACGCUGGUGCGCCUGGCACUGGGUGCCACUGAACAGCGCCUGGCCUGUCCGGGGCUCCUGGAGACGCUCAGUGCCCUUCGAGCCAUCCCCCCCGCCCAGCUGCAGGAGGAGGUCUUCAUGCCCCAGGUGCACAGCGUGGCCCUGUCCGAACAGGACCUGCAGCGGGAGAUCAAGGCCCAGCUGGCCCAGCUGCCGCCCCCGAGGCCCCAGGCCCGCCUGGCCGGGGCCCAAGCCAUCUUUGAGGCCCAGCAGCUGGCAGGAACUCAGGGAGCCGCCAGGCCCGAGGUGCCCCGCAUCGUGGUGCAACCCCCGGAAGAGCCCAGGCCACCACGGCGCAAGCCCCAGACCCGAGGCAAAACUUUCCACGGGCUGCUGACUCGGUCCAGGGGCCCCCCAAUCGAGAGUCCCACCAGGUCCCAUCGAAGCUCCACCUCCUUCCUGGACACCCGAUUCUGAAGGCCCCACUUCUGAGGGUACCACAGACUCCAUGUCCUGCAACCCAAUUGCCUGAACAGUUGAUGCCAGUCUGGAGUGGGCACCGCACUUUACCGCUGGGAUAUGAGGCCUGAGCUCCCUUCGCAUGAGCUGUGUCAGCCACAAGGAUGAAGGAAGAUCCCAGAGAGUGAGGUUUUGGGGACCCAGGUCCAACCGCCCACCCAUGGAGCUGUCCUGGUGCCUGGGCCCCUGCAAAGGUCAAGCUGGAGCUGAAGCAGUGCAGGGUAAGGGCACAGGCUCGGCUAGGGAACCCCAAAAGGCUCCUGGGGGGGGCCUGGAAUAAAGUCUGAGCAGAA